AUGGCGAGACCAGGACGUCUUUCGAUACGAGGCGACAUCCACGCCGAACCGGCCAGUCGGCCGCCAAUGUUGGAUGUGGUCUGUGAUCUGUGGCAUCCCGAGUCCAACCCUGGAGGGUACCUGAGUCUUGGAGUCGCCGAGAACACAUUGAUGCAUCAGGAGAUGAUCGAGUACAUGAAGAAGACCUUCAACAUUGAGAGCCACUUCCUCACCUACGGAGAUGGAUUCACCGGCAGUCAUCUCCUCCGCGAAGUUGCCGCCAAGUUUAUCAAUGAGCGUUUCCGCCCAGUCAACCCGGUGCUCAAGAAGCAUGUUUCCAUCACAUCGGGUGUGGGCCCGGCCCUGGAGCUGAGCUCGUUCUCGCUUUGUGACCCUGGAGAUGGCAUUCUACUGGGGCGGCCGUACUACGGAACAUUUCCUAGUGAUAUGGGAGCGAGGGCCGGCCAAGAGGCCAUCGCUUUUUAUGAGCAGGCGCUGCUGGAUGCAAAGGAAAGGGGUAUCACCACCAAAGCGCUGAUCCUCUGUAAUCCCCAUAACCCACUAGGCCGCUGCUAUCCUCGCAGCGUUAUCGAAGGUUACAUGCGACUUUGCCAGAAGUACAGCCUCCAUCUGCUCAGCGACGAGAUCUACGCGCUUUCGAUUUGGGACAACCCCGACGCGGCCGAUGCUCCAGGUUUCACGUCAGCCUUGUCGAUUGACACGACAGACCUCAUCGAUUCAGACCUGGUACAUGUUCUCUGGGGAAUGAGCAAGGAUUUCGGCUCCAAUGGCAUCAGAUUAGGAUGCAUCAUCAGCACAAACGAGCCAUUCCAGCAGGCAGUCGAGGCGAACGCUUACUGGACCUGUGCAUCAGCACUGACGGACCAAGCGACGGCCAGAAUCUUGGCCGAUACAGCGUUUGUCGACUCCUACGUCGCGACGAACCAGGCACGUCUUGCGGCAAGCUAUGCCGUCACCACCCGCUUUCUCCGAGAAAAUAAUGUUCCCUACGAGAAGGGCGGCAAUGCCGGCUUCUUCGUGUGGAUCGACCUGUUCACACGGUUGAAGAAGAACGUCGAGAUCAAAUUGUCGGAGGCAGAGCUGUGGGCUUUGGAGGCCGAGUUGCAGGAGACGCUGCUGAGAAACCGCGUUUUUCUGGCUUGCGGUAAAGCGUUUGGCAGUGAUGUGCCUGGGCGCUUCCGCAUUGUCUUUGCACAUGAAAAGGAGUAUUUGGAGGAGGGGCUCAGGCGGAUGUUGAAGACAGUUCAGUCUUUCAGCCAGGGCUUGCGGAAUCAGUAG